AGACGCGGCGGCCACCCCGGGCUGGAAGGUGAGUGGGCACCUGGAGGGAGCGGGAACGGGUGCGGCGGCUACGGGGGCGCCCGGCUCGGCCUGCGCUCGCACGUUGUCCCGGCGAACCCGGCCCCGUAGCCGCCGCCGCCGCGUGACCUUGACCCCGGCCUCGGGGGGCGCGGGUGGUCGCCCCAGAGCGGAGAGGAGGCCUCCGCCGGGUGGCGGCGCACUGGCCCCUGGCGACCGCCGUGUCUGUUUGCCGGCGCCGCCCCAUGCGCUCGGAGCCCGAGGGACGGGAACCGUCAGGCCCGCUUUGCAGAUGCUAAACUGAGGCUGAGAAGUCCCCGGUCCGAGGUCGGCGGCCAGCGAGUGUGAGCACCUGACCCGGCCGGGCAGGCUGCUCUCUGCAGGUCCGGGUGUGCACACCUCCAUCAGGCCGGGGCGAUGGCAGCCCUGGGGGACAGGCAGGAGCCCCCUCGCAUCCCGCCCCCUGUCAGCGUGGAGCCACCAGGGACGCCUGGAACCCCCCACCAGGAGGCGCCGCUUCACUUCCACGGCCGCCAACACGGCUCCCGCGGCCACAGCCCUGAAGUGCUCUCGCAGCCCCGGUGGGAGAAGGAUCUGGUGGGCCUGCAUGUCCAAGACGUGGAGGAGGUCCAGGUGGGCAGGGACGCCUGCUGGCCAGAUUCCGAGUCGGAGCCUGAGCAGGCGCUAAGGUCUCCCUGCCCGCCGGACCCUGCAGACGGGGCGGACCAGGGCGGGGCGCUGAGGGCCCUGCUGAGGGGCCUCCCCCGCAGACCCGCGUGUGCGGACAGCUUUGCGCAGGCGCCCGGCCUGGAGCAGCCGGCGGGCCAGCCGCCAGGGCCCAGGUCCUGCUCCCCGAAGAGGGGCGCCGGCCGCAGGACGCUCGUGCCGCAGGGCGCCUUUGGGACCGAGGGCGGCCCGGAGCUGGGGGACUCAGGCCUCGGCCAGGACUCAGGCCUCGGGGGGCGGCAGGGCCCGCGGAGCGGGAGGCCGCACCGGUGCGAGGCCUGCGGCAAGAGCUUCAGGUACCAGUCGCUGCUGCUGAAGCACCAGCGCAUCCACACGGGCGAGAAGCCCUACGCCUGCCACGAGUGCGGCAAGCGCUUCCGCGGCUGGUCCGGCUUCAUCCAGCACCACCGCCUGCACACGGGCGAGCGGCCCUACGAGUGCGGCCAGUGCGGCCGCGCCUUCAGCCACAGCUCGCACUUCACGCAGCACCUGCGCGUGCACAACGGCGAGAAGCCCUACGAGUGCGGCGAGUGCGGCCAGGCCUUCAGCCAGAGCUCCAACCUGGCGCGGCACCGGCGGCUGCACACGGGCGAGCGGCCCUACGCCUGCGGCCAGUGCGGCAAGGCCUUCGUCUGGAGCUCCGUGCUCAUCGAGCACCAGCGCAUCCACACGGGCGAGAAGCCCUACGAGUGCGGCGCCUGCGGCAAGGCCUUCCGCGGCCGCUCGCACUUCUUCCGGCACCUGCGGACGCACACGGGCGAGAGGCCCUUCGCCUGCGGCGCCUGCGGCAAGGCCUUCGGCCAGAGCUCCCAGCUCAUCCAGCACCAGCGCGUGCACUCGCGCGAGUAGGGCCCAGCCGGGCCUCCAGCGGGAGGGGCAGGGGGCUGCAGCCUUCGCUCCUUCCCCGCUGGCACCGCACACGCGCAGGUAGCGACCCGAAUAAAUUCCUUUUAAU